UCUGUGCCUGUUGAAAUGCACUUCGUUGUGCACAUACGCAUUGAUCAACUACACUAUGCUCCACCUCCAUUGACCUUAGGCAACAAUACUCUAGACCUCCCUCACACAAUACCUGCUACUGAGCCACAGAGGAAUGAAACUGCAUUUUGCAUGCACUAUUCUAUUAAAACUAUAAGGCUGUUUGACUAACAUGGAUGCUACUGGUGGCUUUUGAGCAUUAACAGCCGUUAUUAAAUUGAAAGAGGGCAAUGUUCUGAAACAUUGUGCCUCUGGUCCAGGUCUGCUCCUCCAACAGUCCGAUUCUCACCCGGAUCGCACCGGGGAACAACCAGCGGACCCACAAAACCCAAAUUCUCUGAAGUCCCAGAGUCAUGGAUUCUGGGGUUGGAUGCAUUUUUGGUGGGAAUGUUUCGAAUUAAACCAGCAUCUGAUUCACUCUUCUUUUUUUGGAUAUAAUGCCGAAUUGCUCAAGAUGACUGAGCUGAAUUAUGCCUUGAUAAGCGAAAACAGGAAAGAAGUGGACAAAACUUUGACCUGGAGUUACAUAGAAUGGCAUGAGAAGGAAACAGACAAAGGGACAGAUGCCCAGACUCAAACAAAGUGUGAACAAACUGAAGACAAAGAGACGCAAACGAGUAACCCUUUCAUAAUGCGAAUAGAUUUAGGUAGGGUUCCCUCCAGACUGAGGUACAGUUCUCUUAAAGAGGGUGAUGGCAUGCCCACACACUUAUUUCAGUUUGAUAGGCAAGCCCCGUCCCGCAUCUCCACGUCCCCAACGCUGAGGAGGAUGAGAAGCACUAGAAUCUCCUCCCAAGAGCCAGGCAGGUUUGACGGCCCUUUAGGAGAGGAGACACCCCCUCAGAGGAGCCCCCUGUCUCCAGUAAAUCUGAAAAAGUCUCCUCUGGCUGCUCAGUCAAAUGGAGAGGGUGGAAACGUAGAAUCUUCAUUGAUUCGUGGGAAAAAUCCCUGGCAAAGAUCAAAGACUCUUCACAACGUUCUUACAGGCAACAGUCAAGAUUCUCAUGAUUCAAAAGAGGUUGUUUCUGAUGACAACGAGAGCACCACUGAUGACAGUGAUCAGGUGAAUGAGCCCUGUCAUAAAAGGCUGCAGGAAAGGAGGCGGAGCUCUGUGGUUGUGAGUCUUCCUGGAUUGGAUGUUUCCCCUGGAGAUUUAUUUGUGUCCAAUGGUGCUGCUGAUUUUUUACAUAAAUCAGUCUAUUCAGACACCAAGAAAUCAAAGUGGCCCUUCUCGAGACGUAACACAGCAAAAGGGAAGGCAGACAUUGACAAGUGUCUGGCUGGCAUUCAGAUCCAGGAAUGGAGGGACACAGACUUUCAAACAUACAAGGAUAUGUCUCUGGAGGAGUUUUUGAGAGGUUGCUCUGAGCUGAGAGCAGCAGAGAAUCUUUAUAAAGCUGACCGUAAACAAGAGGCCAUUUGGGAGCUUUUCACCACUGAAUGUGUCUACUUCCUUGAUCAGCUCAUGGUUUUAAAAGAGGUAUUUUUGACUACUCUGUCAGAUCUGCAGAUGAGAGACUGUUUACAUGACAUAGACUCUUGGAGGCUUUUUGCUAAUUUAAAUGAGCUCUGCCUGGUUAGCUUUGGCUUUCUUACAAGUCUGUUGCGUGUCGUUAAGGAAUUGUGGACCAAUCCGGACAGCUAUAGUACUCAGACUCUUCUUGAACUCCUUAGAAAGGCAUUUGGUGAGAGCAUUUGCCAUUGUUUACAGAAAUACUGCCUAAAUUACAGCACAGCCAUCCUUUAUCUGGACAGCCUGAAGCUCAGAGAGGACUUUGGCUCCUUUGUGAAGUGGUGUGAACGUAACGAGCAGUGCCGCAGGCUGCACCUGAAGGAUCUGCUGGUGGCUCCUUUACAGAGGUUCACACGGUACCCUCUGCUGUUGAAGAACAUAGGAAAGAGAGGCUGCUCAGAGGAAGAGGAGAGCGCUCUACAGAGCAUCGUGGACAUAAUUGACCAAGCCAUCUAUGAUCUUGAAGGUAAAGUUAAGUGGUUGGACAACUACCAGAAGGUGAAGCAGCUGAAGGAAUCUCUGGUGUGGUUUCCUGUAUGGGAGCGAGACAAGAAAGCCCAUGUACCCGAGAAUCUCAAACACUUAUUAAAAGCUGUAACCAUGGAGAACCUGGUGUCUCAACGAAGUCUUCUUUACGACGGCAAGCUCAUUCUCAUAGAAAACGCAAAGCUGCAAGACGUCUACCUGUUUCUCUUUGACGAAUUCCUUCUGAUCACAAAGAUCAAGCGAAGCAAAAAGAAGUCUAAUGUGGUGGAGCUAAACCCACUGCGUCCAGCUGUGGGCCAAGAGUUUGACAUCUUAUUGCAGGAGGGCUGUAGCUUCACAGUUCUGGACCAGCCCAUUUCCCUGGACCGCCUGCAGUUAAAGAACAUAGACCAACUCAAUGCCACAGCAUCUGGUCUGCCUAAUUCUUUCAUAAUAAUGCAUCAGAACCGUUACCAGCAAUGCAUCGGAGUGUUCCUUCUGCAAGCCCAGACUGAAUCUAUAAAGAAAGGGUGGAUGUCAGAGAUAGAGAAUGCCAUCAAUUCUCUGCUGAAGCAGGACUGUCAGCAGCCCCGGGUCAAAAACUCCACGCUUUACCUGGAGUCUUCACAAAUCUAACUUAUACACAGACUUUCUGUAGAACUUCCCGUAAAGUGCCAUUGGACCACUGAAGAAGAUCCCUGGAACAAUGUCACAGUUACCUUCCCGCAACAUAUUUGACAGUUUUACAAUUUAUUCAUUUUGCACCACCAACAGUGGUGGUGAUCCUUAGCAUAUUGAAGUUCCACAAGAGGAAGUAUGUGUCAGUUCUCUUAAUUUUAGUAAAACAAACAAUGCUCAGUUGCUGAAUUUGUCUGUAUUUCAUGAUAACGUGACUAACAUUUCUUGUUAUGAGGAAAGUAGAAUGCUCUGUUAAACAUAAGCACUCAGAAAUGCUUCCCAAACAGUCAUGUGAUGAUCUAGAUCAGGGGUUUUCAAAGUCACUGGGCCUCCAUUCUGACACAACGUAAAUGACCCCCCCCACACACACACACACAUCUGAAUAGAUUGUCAGACAAUUGUUUGACAUUAUGUAAUCAUUUUGAUCAUUUAUUGUUUAAAAAGAAAAGUGCAGAAGUUAUUAACUGAAUUGAAAUUGAAUAUACAACUAUAUAUUAUAUACUUUUUACAAUGGUGGAGAAAAAUGGAACAAAAACAAUACUAGUUCCCAGCUAGAAAUAUAUAAAAUACCUGUAACGGUCCAUCUCAGUCAAGCCAGUCAGAAGAUGGUAUGUUCAGCAAUAUGCAGCACAGUGAUAUGAAGCUUUAGCGGCCUUAACAUUUAAUUUCACAAAUUCUUCGACAACUUUUUCCAUCACGUCUGCUUUAUUGGGGGGCUUGACAAAUAACAGAGAAUCUUCACAAAGAUUUGUUUUUUGCCUAUUAUUUCAGAACUGUUUAAAUAAUGUUUUAAAUAUAAUUGUUAAAAUCUCUCUCUCUAUAUAUAUAUACACACACACACACACAUUAAUUAUUAAAAGUUAUUUACCACUCUCCGCACCUCCCCUGACAUGCUCUAGUGCCCCAACUUUGAAAACACCUGAUCUAGAUUAUAAUUCAUUAUGUGGUUGUAAAUUAUUGGCAAUGGACAUUUUAUAAAUGAAAAGGUUUUGUUAAAACUUUGCACUA